UCAGCUUAUACGCAUAGACUUGGAAAAAUAGAUACAGUUAUGCAGUCACUGGGUUUAGUAUAAAUUCAAUAGAGGCAAACAGCGCCCCCUGGAGUCUCAAUAUCCGAGAAUAGCACAGCCUGAGGAUUUCAAACAUUCCCAGGUAUUUUUCCUCUUUCGUCUUUGGCUUAUCUUUCUAAUAUAAUUAACUGCAACGGAACUUUGAAUUUGUACCAAUACGUUGCUAUGGUGAAGUAAUUGUUUUCUUUUCCAAACGGAAGCUUUCGCGCCUAAUGCUUGCAGUGACUUUAGUUUAAAGUAGGAUACCUCAGAAGAAUGAGGGCACAUUUUGAUAGCAACAAACGUUUUCAGGUGAUAAAAAUGACAGCCUAUAGAAGCAAUGCCUCACUCAAGAAAAAUCUCGGCUUAGAGCUUGUAAGGAUCAUCAGCAGCUUAAAGAAGGAGAAUAUCCUGCUGAAGAAGACUCUAGCUGAGGUGUCCCAUCAUCACGCCGAACACAAUAAGCUUGUGAAAAAACUCCUCGCUCUUGAAACUCUGUGGCUCGAGAGUCGUCAGCAGCUUCCACCAAAAGGUGAAAAAACAACUUUGUCCUCAGAGGUGAUAAAAAUGACAGACUAUAGAAGCAAUGCCUCACUCAAGAAAAAUCUCGGCUUAGAGCUUGUAAGGAUCAUCAGCAGCUUAAAGAAGGAGAAUAUCCUGCUGAAGAAGACUCUAGCUGAGGUGUCCCAUCAUCACGCCGAACACAAUAAGCUUGUGAAGAAACUCCUCGCUCUUGAAACUCUGUUGCUCGAGAGUCGUCAGCAGCUUCCACCAAAAGGUGAAAAAACAACUUUGUCCUCAGAGGAUUCCCCAUCAUUCUCCAAUGAUGAAGCCGUCUCACAUCUUCAGCAUAAGCUCAACGAUGCUUUGGAAAAGAACAAGCAGUGGCUGGAAUAUGACCAGCAGAGAGAGGCCUAUGUUAGGGCAAUUCUGGACAAAAUGUUAUGGCUGGAGAAGCAUCUGAAUGAAACCAAUCAGGCCCACUCAAAGCAGCACAAUGAGGAGCAUUCAGAUGCAGAGCCACAAAGAGAGAUUAAAGAACUCUUUGUAAACCAAUUGAAACAGGCUGAUGUCUGGCUGGAUAUGCUCAAAAAACAAGUUGAAGUGACUCAUCAGGAGCUGAUCAUUGCUGAAAAAAGGUUCAGAGCAAGAGAAGGAGAAUUAGAGGCUCUCAUCCACCAACUGAAGAGUGAAACAAUAAGCAAAGGAAGCCCACAAGAAGGAUGUCAUAACUCUGAGGAGGAAGAGCAACAGCAGAGGGAGGAGACCCAAGAACUCAAAGCCAGGCUGAAGGAGGAGAAACGAAGGUCUACAAAUUUUGAGCUGCAGGCAAGCCUCUAUCAGAGGUACAUGUUAAACUAUCACCAUGCAGACCAGGAAAAGAUUACAGACCUGGAAAGACAGCUCAAGAUUUCUUCACAAGACCUUGAGGAUGCAAAGCGGGACUCUUCAUAUUUAAAGAAGCAAAUGCUCAGAAUUCUGAAGAAGCUACAUAGAGCAGAAGGCCCUUCCCCAGAUCAGUCAAAGAGAGACCAGCAGGACCUGGGCUCAUGUGAAGAGGCGAUGCCACCCUCCUCGUCCCCCAGAGACAGCCUGGCGUCCUCUUCUCACACCAGCGUGCUGAAUGACAGCAUCCUGGAGUGUCCCACCUGCCAGAACGAGUACCCAGCCAGCGAGUACAGAGAGCUGCUGAAGCACCUGGAAAUCUGUCUGGAAUGAAUCUACCCAUGAAAGUUCAGUUCUGUUUCUUUGUUUAGAAGUCACGGCACAAGUUCAAUGCCUGUUAAUAAACUGCAGUUUUGCUAUAUGUUAUUUUAGAACAUCAGUUCAGUUCUUUUGAAGCAUUGUUUUCAUUAAGAUAAAUUUAC